AGACUUCCACGAUCCCCCUAUACACCAGCCAGCCGAGUAACCGCUACGCUUGAGAACCUCCAGCGAUCGGACGGGCCGUAUCUCCACAAAAGACAGAUCUCCUUCGCAACAGGGAGAACAAAAGGCGACUGGGACAGGCUGCUGCUUGACCCAAAACACCGCGACCACCUCAGCGCAUUCCUGAAGGCGCCGAAGCUUGGCAAGAAGUGCUGGAUUGGCUUCUUUAGCUGCCCGCAAAGUAACUGGGUUGGGACCGGAAACGGAUACAAGGAUGCCGACUGGCACUGCUUCGCAGCGAUGAUAAUCCCGGACGCGCGCCGUGGAAAGCAUCUUCUGCUGUACGACAACGAUGCCAAGGCGGGUGUGACGAUGCAGUCACGAAUAUCAGAUGUGAUUUGGGGUCUGCAAAAGAAUCUCUGGAAGGCUGUGCAGAAGAUGGGACGGUUCACGCUGUGGUACUCGACGGACCAGAGCAAAGCCGGGACCAACAAGUGUCUACAAUAUUCCCUCGAACAGGUCCAUCGAUGGUCCAAGCUGCAAGACGAAGCACUCGAGGGCGAGAGUGACCUCCGUCUGUCGGGAUUCGUGAAACUCACGAAGCAAUAA